AUGAAUGCUCCAAUGCAGCCUAAUUUUGCCCGGGGCUUCCCCCCGACCGCCCAGCGGUCUCCAGCCACUCCCCGUCGUGCACCCGGACCAGGCCAAAUGCCCGUCGCAAUGCCCCAGCACGCCAUGGCUCCCCAGUAUAUGGCUGCCCAACGUCCAAUGCAGCAUAUUCCCGAGGCUCCCCGCCGUGCUCGUAAGCCGACAGACAAGAACCUCCCGGAGGGGAUUGAAGAUGCAGUUAUCGGGGAGGGUGUGCAACAAUACAAGAGCCUUCGCGAUAUGGAGAAGCGCCUAGACGCCGCGGUUGUGCGAAAGCGCCUGGAUAUUCAGGAUUCGAUCAGCAGAACCGUGAAAAAAUAUCGAACCAUGCGCAUCUGGAUCACCAAUACUGUCGAGAACCAACCCUGGCAGGGACCUGGAAACAACCCCGGCUCGGGUCGAUACAAAGUACGCAUUGAAGGGCGAUUGCUGGAUGACAACAACGAUCCCACCUCACAAAAUGAAGGAGAUAAUGGCGAGAGCGAGGCAGCUGGAGAUGACGCGAUGGAUCAGGACAAGAGCGAGGAGGAGGAGAGCAAGAAGUCUGCCCCCAAGAAGUCAUCUGAACGCUUCUCGCACUUUUUCAAGUCCGUUACAAUUGACUUUGAUAAGCCCGCCAAUGCGGUACCGGAUGAAGUCAAAUCAGUCCACUGGUCCAAACCGCAGGUCCCACCAAAUGCGACAUCAGCCCCGCCAAAUGCCGAGUUUGACAGUAUCCAAUUCGCACGCGCCUCGCAGGACAACCUGAAUGUGACUGUUAGCUUGGUGCAAGAUGAAGCUCAAGAGCGUUUCAAGCUGAGCAAGGAGCUAGCUGAGGUGCUGGAUGUUGAAGAGGAAACUCGAAGCGGCAUUGUGCUUGGAAUUUGGGAUUACAUUCAGGCCAUGGACUUGCAAGAAGAUGAAGAGAAGCGCACAGUACGCUGUGACCACCGCUUACGCUCGAUCUUCGGCUGUGAGCAGAUGUUCUUCCCUCGAAUCCCUGAAAGUAUUGCGUCACAUACCAGUCCCAUUGAUCCAAUCAAAUUACCUUACACCAUCCGUGUCGAUGAGGACUUCCACAAAGACCCAACCCCAACUAUUUACGAUAUCCAGGUUGCUGUCGAAGACCCUCUGCGUGUUAAGAUGAUGGCCUACAUGCAGAAUCAGCAGUACACAUCUGGCCUGCGCCAAAUCGCUACUCUGGACGACCAGGUUGCUCUGAUUGUUCAAGCUCUUACCCACUCUUGUGCACGCCAUUCCUUCUUCACUGCCCUGAGCAAGGAUCCAGCUACCUUUGUGAACCGUUGGGUCAACUCUCAGCGCCGUGAUCUUGAGACAAUCCUUGGUGACGUCAACUCUGGUGGUGACGCUAGUGGGCCAGAGUUCCGCCGCGGUGGUGCUAAUAGUGUCUGGGAUUCUGCCGUGGCACAAGAAGCUGUUCGGUACAUGCUGGCCAAGCCUGAUGCUACGAUUGCUCGAUGA